AUGGCCACCGUCACUUUGACCCGUCCAGUGCAGCCGGACAUCCAGUAUGCUCCAGACUAUCAGAAGUUUCAGGCUCGGACUGCGCGCCGAGUUCAGGAGCCUGGUCUUCCCAAAAGCCUCCCUGAGGGCCUUCCGCAGAAGUUCACGAGCGAUAUGGUCUGGGAGGGAGCAACACUAGCCAACGAGUAUGAUUGGACAUAUGCCCUCACAACAGAACAGCUUGACGAACUUGACGCAGCCCUCUCUCACUUCAGAGCGCUGAAUUUGCCGCUCGGCCACAUCAAUCAGGAAAACUUUCCCCUGCCCAAGCUUCAUCCCGAGCUUCGAAAGCUCUCAUAUGAGUUGCACAAUGGGCACGGAUUCUUCGUUAUCCGCGGCCUUCGUGUGGAUGAGCACACAAGAGAAGAUAACAUCAUCAUUUACGCAGGCUUGUCUUCACAUAUCGCACCUCAACGGGGUCGCCAGGACAGGCAAUACGACGGGAAGCCAGCUGAUGUAGUUCUCACUCAUAUCAAAGACUUGACUUUGACGAAGGACAAGGGCCAGAUUGGCAGUCCUGCCUACACUGCGGACAAGCAAGUAUUUCAUACGGAUGCCGGAGACAUUGUCUCUCUGUUUGCUCUCUCCACUGCUGCGGAGGGCGGCACCAGCAAAUUGGCAAGCAUCGCGAGGGUUUACAAUGAGAUCGCUAGUACGCGUCCUGAUCUCAUCCACACCCUCACGCAAGACUGGCAGUUUGAGGUUUUCGGCAAGCCCGAGAAGUCUUUCACUUCCCGACCUCUGGUGCACUACCAACCUGCGACUUCAAAGACGCCUGAGCGCUUAGCUGUACAAUACGCUCGUCGAUACUUUGUCGGUUACGGUGCGCUUCCCCGAAGUGACGAGAUCCCACCGAUCUCCGAGGCACAAGCGGAAGCACUUGAUACUCUUCAUUAUCUUGGUGAAAAGUUUGCCGUCAACCUGGAUUUCCAAAAAGGCGACAUUCAGUACGCCAAUAACAUGGGUAUCUUCCAUGCUCGUGAUGGCUUCACCGAUACUCAAGAGCAACAGCGUCAUCUGCUACGACAGUGGUUGCGCGAUCCAGAGUAUGGCUGGGAGACGCCAGAGCCAUUGAAAGAAAGAUGGGCUCAAUUGUACGAUGGCAUUACUCCAGAAGCUCAGAUAUUCCCUCUAGAGCCAUUCAUCCGUAGCGAAGGAAACAAGAGUAAGGGAAGGUCAUAA